UGAAACUAAGCCGAAAUUUUUUUAAACCUUUUGGAAACGUUUUUUUCUUUAGACAACAGAAUGUUUGUUCAUCCAUACAUACGUAAGAGACAUGAGAGCGCAGCUGACACACACAGGGCAAAAGCACUGGCAGAAUCUCCAAAACCAAGAGAGACCAGGAAUCUGGAUUUAUCUCCAUCCCCGUCAUCCUCCACUGGUCUGACUGAGGAGCUCCAGUGUUCCUUCUGUCUGGAUGUGUUCACCAAUCCAGUCACCACUCCAUGUGGACACAACUUCUGCCAGAUCUGCCUAAAAGAAUGCUGGGACAACAGUAAGGACUACAACUGCCCAAUAUGUAAAAAAACAUUCAACCAAAAACCUGAGCUCAAGGUCAAUACAACACUCCGAGCCAUUGUAGAUCUCUAUAAAAAGAGAAAUCGUCUGAAAAUACCCGAAGUGUUGUGUGACAUCUGUACGAAGACGAAACUGAAAGCUCUGAAGUCGUGCCCUGUGUGUCAGAGCUCUUACUGUGAGACUCACCUGAAGCGUCAUUUGAGGAUUCCAGGUUUAAAACAACACAAACUUAUCGACCCUGUAAAAAAUCUCCAGGAUCAUUUGUGUCAGAAACAUGACAGACCUCUUGAGCUGUUCUGUAGAGAUGAUCAGACAUGUGUGUGUGUGAUCUGCACUGUGACCGAACACAAGACUCACAACAACGUCCCUGUAGAGGAGGAGAGUGUAAAGAAGAAGACUCUGCUGAUGAAGUCACAGACAGAUGGGCUGCAAAUGAUCCAAGACAGAAUAAAGAAAACUAAAGAUAUCCAACACUCAAUAAAGCUGAGAAAAAAGAACACUGAAAAAGAGAAAGCGGACUGUGUUGAGCUGUUCACGGAUCUGAUCCGCUCCAUUGAGAGCUGUCAGUCUGAGCUGCUGGAGGUGAUGGAGCAGAAGCAGAAAGCAGAAGAGAAGCAGGCUGAAGAGCUCAUUAAAGAGCUGGAGCAGGAGAUCAUGGAGCUGAAGAGAAGAAACACUGAGCUGGAGCAGCUCUCACACACUGAAGAUCACCUGCACCUCCUACAGAUUUAUCCAUCCCUGUGCAGCCCGUUAGACACCAAGAUCUGGACUGGGAUCAGUAUUAACACUUGCGGGAGUGUGGAGACUUUGAGGAGUGCUCUGGCUCAGCUGCAGGACACUCUAGUUAAGAAACUCAGUCAAACUGUGAUGAAGAGGAUCCAGCGGUAUGCAGUGGAUGUGACUCUGGAUCCUAAUAAAGCACACCCUGAACUGACUCUAUCUGAAGAUGGAAAGCAAGUGCGACUUGGAAACAUAAAGCAUGACUACCCACACAAUUACAAGAGGUUUGAUAAAUGUAUUGUGCUGGGAAAGGAGGGUUUUUCCUCUGGGAGGUUUUAUUUUGAGGUGCAGGUACAGGGAAUAACACAGUGGUGUUUAGGUGUGGCAAGACAAUCCAUUAACAGGAAGAGGGAUCUGUACCCGUGUCCUGAGAAUGGAAAUUGGAGUUUGUGGCAAAGUAAUGGGAAGAUGUAUAAAGCUGGUGAGUCUUCCCCUGUGUCUCUCUCUUUGAAAGUGAAGCCCCAGAAGGUGGGUGUAUUUGUGGAUUAUGAAGAGGGUCUGGUCUCCUUUUAUGAUGUGGAGUCCAGGUCUCAUAUCUACUCUUUCACCGAUCAGUCUUUUACUGAGAAACUCUAUCCAUAUUUAAGCCCUUGGACUAAUGAUAAAGGUAAACAUUCAGCAUCACUGAUCAUCUCACCUGUCAGUUACAAUGAAUAA